AUAGUAGUGGGUGUUUACGACGUAGUCGCCGAACAGAGAUGGCGCCACAUGCCGAAAUACUGUUGCCGUAACCUUGAUUGAUCAGCCUGGUCGUUUGAGACAAGUCGAAAAGAGCAGCAUGCAGGCUGCUAUGGAUAUCACGGCAAAGUAUUGCCAUAAAGAAAUGGAGGCAUACGGGUCGUGUGUGGCAUCCAACCCAUCAACAUGGCAGCAGAAGUGCCAUGAACUGAAGAUGAAGGUUGCACAGUGCACAUCAUCACACCCAGUGAUCCAGAAGAUCAGACAAGACUGUUCCAAGGAGUUUGUGGAGUUUGAGCGCUGCCUGAGAGAGAACCAGGACCAAGCUACCUCCUGCUCGCCACACGUGGCUCGCUUUCUGGCCUGUGCAGAGACAGUGGACCUCAGUGGAGAGGAUACAAAUCCAGUGCCUCAACCAUCAUGACAUUCAGACAUCUUCCAUCAACUUCAGAUUAUACCGGACCCCACAGCAACAUAGAUGGGCUGUUUUCAUGUGCCCCAGCCAUCUUACUGUAUGUACCGUGACUGUUAGGACAUCUCUUUUACUUUGAAUGACUUAAUGUGUACAUUUUUCCUCAACCGUAAGAUAUAUACGGGAUAGCUGCAGCACUGUGAUGGGUGGUGGAGAUUACUUAAUUAGUACUAGGCACUGGAUUAGGCACUGGAUUUACUUAAUUGCUGUAUCCUUUCACUUCUCUUGUAAAUGUUGCGUUCAUGUGAAAAUAGCAUUUGUGCUUGCCUGUAAGGGAGGAUGUCUGAUUUGUACUGGUUUUUAUUGAACCAUUUCAUUAAAAUUGACAUCAGACUUGUAUUACUCA